AUGAGCUUUCCCGACCACUACGGUGUCAAUUUCACCAAGACAACCCACGAGAAGGCUGAAGGCCCAACACUCCCGGAGAACAACAAACCCCCAGCAGGCCAGCACUUCAAUGUCGUCGUCACAGGAGCAGGAAAAGGCCUAGGCUAUGCUAUCAGUAUCGCUUAUGCCAAAGCAGGAGCAACCGGAAUCUGCAUAUCCUCCCGCACCCAAUCCGACCUCGAUGCCCUCUCCACCGACCUAAAACGCAUCAACCCAAACCUCACCAUCCUCUCCCAACGCUGCGACACCUCCGAUCCAAAAUCCGUAGCUGCCCUCGCGACCGCCACGACAGAAACCUUCGGAACACAUCUCGAUGUUGUCGUUGCGAACGCGGGGAUCAUCAGCAAGUAUAUCGAGAAUGAGGUGAAUCCGAAGACCGGGAAGGUGCAGGCGAGGCGGCUGCCGGAAGGUGUGAUCGAGGAUGAGGAUUAUUUGAGGGUGACGAGUGUGAAUUAUUUGGGAGUUUAUUAUACGGCCAAGUAUUUUGUGCCGGGGCUUGUGGGGAGGCAGAACCAAUCCUCUAUUCGCGCUUUCAUUGCCAUAACUUCUUUGGCCGGGCACUUCCCCGUCUCAACUUUCACACCCAUCGCCUACAACGUGUCCAAAAUCGCCGUCAAUCGCCUCAUCGAGUGCAUGGCGAACGACCAUGCUGCUGACUCCCUCCUCGCUUUCUCUGUGCAUCCCGGUGAGGUCAUUACGCCACAGACCGAGGGACACAGUAAUGAGUCCGGCGAUGACUGGGAAAAGCUUUUACAGACAGAUGUUGGGCUUGUAGGUGGAUUUUGUACAUGGUUGACCCACACGAGAAAGGAGUGGUUGAGCGGCAGGUAUUUGAGUGUGCAUUGGGAUGUAAAUGAAUUGGAGGCGAAGAAGGAGGAGAUUGUGGAGAAAGAUGCAUUAAAGUUUAGAAUGGUUGUCUAA